CCUGAGCUCUUGAUAAAGGUUUCCUAGUAACACAAUAAGCAUGCUCUCGCUCGUUUGGACUAGUCGAUCCUCUCCAGCUAAUUCUUGCUAGGUUUGCAGCAGAUUCUAUAGCUUCUGCGCUCGAAUCUUAAAUUUCCUUCUGAUUGAAAGCUUGGAGGUAGAAGAAUGCCAAAGGUGAAAACAAACCGUGUUAAAUACCCAGAGGGCUGGGAAUUAAUUGAGCCUACUCUACGUGAACUGCAAGCAAAGAUGAGAGAAGCUGAGAAUGAUACACAUGAUGGUAAGAGAAAAUGUGAGACAUUAUGGCCUAUUUUUAAAAUAGCACAUCAGAAGAGUCGCUAUAUUUUUGACCUUUACCACCGGAGGAAGGAAAUAUCCAAGGAAUUGUAUGAGUUCUGUUUGGACCAAGGCUAUGCUGACCGUAAUAUAAUUGCAAAGUGGAAAAAGCCGGGUUAUGAACGUCUCUGCUGCCUAAGAUGCAUACAACCGCGGGAUCACAAUUUUGCUACCACAUGUGUGUGCCGAGUGCCAAAGCACCUAAGAGAGGAGAAGGUUAUAGAGUGUGUCCAUUGCGGUUGUGGGGGCUGUGCAAGUGGGGAUUAAUUCUUCUCUUCUUCCAAGAAAGCCAAGGUCUUGGUACCAUGUAUUUUUCAACGAUCUGUGUAAACUUUUUCUUGGUAUUCCUGAGGCUGGGCCGUUUUUAUUUUAUUUUUUUGGUAACAAUUGUCUUAAUCAUCCUGAGGCUGACAAAUUGUUUUGAUAAUUAACCAUGUAAUAAUGUUAUUUAGUAAAUUAUUAUAAAACUGAAAUGAUUUAAAGUGAAAA